AAUAAUGUCAAAAAAGUGGCGGUUUUUUAACCUCAAUAAACGGAUUGAAAAGAAUUUCACCAAACAUCAAAUUAACAGCAAUAUUCUUCGAUUUAUUUCACGUCCCUUCGGUGAAUCUAAAUAGAUAAAACAUUUUUGAUAGUUUCUGAAAAUGGAAGAAAAAUUGAGCAAAUAUAAGAGCAAUGCACUGGAAGCAGUUUCUUUUACAUUAGUGAUUUCAGAAAGAGAAGUAGAUAAUCCUGGUGUUUGUGAAGAAAGAUGUAUGUUUCAACCUUUACUUGCUCAUCAAGUAUUUGGUGAAAGAGAAUUAAUUUUCGGCUAUGAAGAUCCACAUAUCAAUUUAUUCUACCAUCACAAUUCUUUAAAAUGUUUGUUAGAUAUUAAAUAUAAAAGUAAAAUAUCUGGAUUUGAAGUUGACGAUAUACCCAAACUGAUGAAUGAAUGGCUUCCGAGAAAUUAUUUCACUUCCAAGGAGGAAUACAAAAGAAUGAUCAAAAAUGAUGUUAAGGAUCAAAUGUUUGGAACCGUAAUUCAUCAAUUUAAACAAAGUAAUGAAGUUUUCUUUCUGGAUGAAGGAGAAGUUGCAACUUGUACUUAUAAAAUUACGCGUGUAAAUACACAGGAUGAGUUAUUCCAAGAAUACCACGAAAGAUUUGAAACAUUCAUUAUAUGGUUCAUUGAUGCAGCUAAUUUCAUCAAUCUAAAAGAUGAUAGGUGGAUUAUCUUCUAUAUGUAUGAAGAAGUAGAAUUGCCAGGAAAGAAUGAAAAAAUUAUUAGUCCAAUAGGUUUCACAGCAAUUUACAAAUUCUUCUCUUAUCCUGAUAGUAAUAGGGCAAGAAUUAGUCAAUUUUUCAUUUUACCAACUCAUCAAAAUAAGGGAUUAGGCACUAUUUUUUAUCAAACAGUCUAUAGCCAAAUUAUGAAGAUGCCGGAUGUAACAGAUUUGACAGUUGAAGAACCAAAUGAACUAUUCCAAAAGAUGCGCGAUUACUGUGAUGCAAUACUUAUCCAUACAGAUUUAAAGAAGAAUGGUCGUAACAUAGCAUCGAUGAAUAACAAAAUUCUGUACUCUUACUUUGCCAAACAUAAGAUAAAUAGGAAGCAAAGUUUGAGAUUAUCAGAUAUAUUACAGUACGUUACUGCCAUACAAAGUGGACCUAAACAAAGGAGACACAUACAAGAUCUUCUAUACGAGAGGUUCAAACAUCAAAAAAUGAAUGAAAAGAGAGUAGGUAAAAUGGCUAGAGGAUCACUUACUAACAAAGAAGAAGUAAAUGAGGAUGAAUUACAUCAAGAAAUAGAAUCCUAUAUCAGUCAAAUAGAACCUGUUGCUGAUAAAAUAGUUAAAGUAUUAUUAAAAGCAGAAUGAAUAUAUUUUGUUGUAUUACGUUUUAGGCUAAGAUGAUUACUGUGAAUCAUUGUGUUGUUACAAAUUUCAUGUUAUUGUUCAGUCUUUUUUUUACAUUGAAAAUGAAUUUGUAUUUCUUG